AUGCUCCCAGUAGAGGUCCUACUCCUAAUAGCCCGCCUACUCGAACCAUGGGACCUCAUUAAUCUAUCCCUCGCAAUACCGGGGAUCGAUCGACAAUAUAAGCCAAAAUACUGGGUCCCAAUCCGAGAUAGCGAGGGAAACACGGCCUUGCACAUCUGCGCCGCCAAGCAGUUGGACAAUAUCAUCGUGUCGCUUACAGAAAAGAAGUUCGAUCUCCACUUGGCAAAUCGCAUCGGGCAUACCGCGCUCCACAGUGCGUGCAAGAAUGGCCAUGCAAGUUCCGCACGUCUUCUACUGGAUGCCGGGCUCGAUCCCGAUAUUGCAGCACGAGGGGGCACAACGGCAUUGCAUCUGGCUGUCUCCCAUGGAGACUUUGCAAUGAUCCAGCUGUUAGUCGGUAGAGGGGCCGAUACCUCAGCGCAGACCUCAGGAGGCUACACGGUUUUGCACUGGGCUGUGCACUCGCAGAACCACCAAGUUGUCGCUCUGCUCCUGGCUCACGGCGUUGAAGUAGACCGCCAGGACCAUUGCGGUAGAACGCCCUUGCAUUGGGCCGCCUGGCAGGGCGAUGCAGCGAUGGUGGAGGGGCUUCUUCAGGCAAAGGCUGAUUUUAGGUGCGCGGAUCGUGAUGGAUAUACGCCGGCAGAUCUUGCUGGACAAUCGGGGUUCGAACAAAUUGUCCGUCGCAUGAAUGGAUUAAGGAGUUUUGGGGUUCGUGACUUUGGACGCAGGAUUUGGUAUUACCUUACGCAGCAAGUUCGGGUGAAGGCUGAAGGAUGGGUUUAA